ACCAGUCUGAAUAGAAAGCCAACAGACCCAAGGAGUCCUUUUGAAGAUCCGAUCGACUCUAAUCGCUUGGAGGUAAUGGAGGUUCUACAAAUCCUCCUUUUCUAUGGUACAGUGGUCAAUGCCGUUUGGCCCGAUUGUGUCGUUCACAAGAAGAACUUCGAUGGCUUGAACAAGAUCAGCGGAUAUCGUUCUUCCAAUGAGGGUUGCGCCCAUUGGUGUGGGGCUUUGGGCCCCAAAUGUGUCCGUUGGGUGUACCAGGAUUCCCCCGCCACUUGCUUCUUGAAAGCGUUUGAAGGCAAUGAAAAAGAUGAGAAUGACCCGCUGACUCAAAAUGACCAUGAGGAGUUUCAAUCCAAGUUUGGAGAUCCAUACAACCAAAGCAACCCUGAGGUGAUUGCUAGAAUUGACCUGAGACAAGAACAAAUGCUCCAAUUACACACGGGCGAUAGCACCUGUCAACCCGAUAUUGAAGUUCCGUGGCCCGACUGUUCCAUUGUUGGAGAAAAUAUUGUCGACGCAAGUGCGGCACCCAACUUUGAGAACACGAAUAUUGAAGAUUGUAGCGGUUAUUGCCAAGAUGAGCCUACAUGUCAGUUUUGGUCAUUUCAUAAGCAAGCCAUGACCUGUUGGUUACAGACCGACAAAACCACCACGGAGUCCAACGUGGACAUGACAUAUGGACCCAGGACUUGUGUGGGAAAAGUGAAUGAAAAUGCUCUGACUGGAAGUGCUACCAUUGACGGGGGUUGGACUCCAUGGAGCAUCUUAGACACGCCCUGUUUUAACAAGCGAACAGGGAGUAAAGUGGAUUGUGGAGGAGGCAUCCAAUACAGACAUCGAAGUUGCACCAACCCCGAGCCGAGAUUCGGCGGGAAAAUAUGUCCGGGAUUGAGCGACGAUGAAUUCCCCUGCAACCUCCAUAAUUGUGCUUUGCCUGAUGACUUUCUAUGGUCCGCAUGGGGAGCUCCAGACAUUUUGUGUUCCAACGGAACUCAAAAGAGGACUACCUUGUGUGGCGAUGUUCGUCGACGCCUACCCAUGGUCCCUGGACGAAAUGAAGAUGAACCACCAGUGAAUUGGCCGUCUUGCGUGGUUCCAUUCGAAAAUAAAGCUCCUGUCUUGUCGUCCACAAAUGGUGGGACCUUGGAGCAAUGUUUCAAUGGUUGCAAAGGUGACGCCACGUGCAAUCAUUGGACAUUUAACGUGGAAACAAAGAAGUGCUCUUUCCAUGACCUUCUUCAGAUUGAAUCUUACGUCGAACAGCCUACUUUCGCCACAGGAGAGAAGUUCUGCUUUGGGACUAAAGUGUACGCCCCGUAUUGUGGAGAAUUCAUGAAAAACUAUCGUGACGCUGCAGUGGCCAAGGAGGCCUUUGAAGUACCUUCCUUAGAUGCUUGUGCCGGUGAAUGCGACUUAGAUGCCAAUUGCCACUCUUGGUACCUAGAGAUCAGCCAGCUCACAGGCCUCCGAAUGUGCACCUUGAGAGGUCAGAUACCAGAUGGAUAUACCCCUGAGGACGUGACCACGGCCGAUAUGUGGGCAUUCAGCGGUCUGAAGGCAACAUGUCCUAUGGGAAAAUCUCGACCAUCUACGCCCGAGGAAGCUAUGGAGCUCAGUUACAAAGAGAUUUGUGUCGGGAAUCAAUACAAGGAGGAGACGAAAGUCAAUAAUACUUGGAAUCAAGACUACUGCGACAGUCCCUGUAAGGACAAUGGACCUUGUCCAGCCGGAGCACAGUGUUACGACCGCAGCGACACCUUACGCCCUAAGUACGAAUGCAUUUGCCAAAUGGGCAUGGUAAUGGAAGGGAACCGAUGCAUAAGUCCACCACCAUCCACGCCUACUCCUCGGCCAGUUCCAAGUUUGUCUCCGGCCAUUAAGGAUACAGUCACGGCCUUGACCCGAACUGCAUCAUUCGUGUUGAUUGGAUUCGUCACAGCCACACUGGUGCUCUUCGCAGUUCUCAAGAUCAUGGACCCAGGCCGAUUUAUCCAUAUGAACAUUGAGAUAGCUCUCCUACUGGCACACAUUUGCCUGUUGCCCACGCUCCAACAUUCGGAGACUGCGUGUCGCAAUAUAAGCAUCUUCAUUCACUUCUUUUACACAGCCGUGUUUGCCUUCUUCCUCAUGGAAGGCAUUUUCAUGUACUCCUUGGUGAGCCGUGUUGUGCCCAGAAACGGCAUGCUCUCGAAUAUGGGCAGUUUCAUGGCGGGUUGGGGCAUUGCCAUCACGGUCAUUACCUUCACCGUGUCUUUUGAAUAUGAAAACUAUGGCGGAGACUACCAGUAAAAAGACAAAAGACCUUGGAAAAAUCUUACAAAAAUCGCACGAUUCUUUUUUACUUUCAAAAUUUACAAAUUACAGUUGAUGACUCCAAAUGGACACGGGUUUGAUGUACGGAGAGUAAAUUCCAGUGGUGAUCUUGUCCAUCAUAACCUUCAUGCUGAUUGAAGCCGGAAGUAACGUGGAUGACGACACAAUGACCAAACUGACCGGUAAGUACAGGAGCAUUUGCUUUUAUCACAGGUUUGCUUCCAACAUGAAUGGCACGAGUGUUGGUUGGCUGAAUGGGAGGAAUAGGUGGUCGCUGAUUCUUACUCAAAGGCCUCCAUGUUGUAUUCCACAUCAACUUGAUUCUUGUCAGGAACAUUGCCCGUGUUUGCUUCGAGAUCCACAGUUUCUCCGGCCUUCAGUCGACGGUACAUUUUGGAAGUGGUCACCGCCUUGUUGAUGUUGGUCAUGUAGUUGGAGUAG